UGCGACACUACUCAUCGAACAUGAAUUUGAGGCAUAUGUUUCGUGGAAUAUCCGCAUGUUCGACUGGACUAGCGGUUUUUAGCCGGUUGGCAAAACCUUCGUCUGCACGGAGUAGUAUAUGCGUUGCUUCAGUAAACAUUCAAACAGACCAAUAUCGACCAGCUAGCUCUGCGUUUAACCGCAGAUUUCUGUCAAAACAUUCGUUGAACACCACAGGAAAUAUGGAUUCAUGCAACUUUUCCAACUCUACCUCAGGAGAUUCGACACAGAGGAUAGUUUGGGUCGAUUUAGAGAUGACAGGACUGGACAUAGACAAAGACGAGAUCAUUGAGAUGGCUUGUAUCAUCACAGACUCUGAGCUAAACAUCCUGGCUGAGGGACCAAAUCUGAUCAUAAACCAGCCAGGCGAACUCCUGGAUGGGAUGUCGGAAUGGUGCAAAACACAUCAUGGCAAUUCAGGCCUGACGCAGGCAGUUCGGGACAGCAAGAUUUCUCUUCAAGAUGCAGAGAAUGAGUUCCUGUCCUUUAUCAAAAAGUAUAUCCCUCCUCGUCAGUGUCCACUGGCAGGGAAUUCAGUCCAUGCUGACAAAAAGUUUCUGGAUAAAUACAUGCCCCAGUUCAUGAGCCAUCUCCACUAUCGCAUAAUCGACGUCAGCACAGUCAAAGAGUUGUGCAGACGAUGGUACCCAGAAGAGUAUAAGAAAGCCCCGUCAAAGAAAGGAUCUCACAGGGCGCUUGAUGACAUCCAGGAGAGCAUAGAGGAACUGAAGUUUUACAGAAGCGCCGUUUUCAAAACACCAAAGCAAUGACCACCAGGGGGAGGUAUAGUCUGGGACUUGUUUUGUUUUGAGUUGUAUGUGUCUGCUGAGUUUGCAACAUGCUUCCAGAGAGUCAAUACUUCAUGAUUAAAGAAAUAAUAAUAUCUCACAUCGGGUAAGGUUUAAAGCACCUACAUACAAACAAUAACAUUCCAAUAAUACUUUAACAGUUUGCAAGUUCAGCAUCACUGUUUCACACCCUUGUAGUGUUUUCUGAUUGAUGGCUUCAUGGAAUACAGUGAGUGAGGUUUAUUAUGAACUAAACAUGCAACCUAAACAUUUAAAUGUUAAUGCAACAAGCAUUCAAGCAAGGACAUUUUAAGCGUUACUGCAAGUAUAACAUUUCAAGUGUUAAUAGGAAUUUCACUUCCAACAACCAUGUUCAUAAAUAUGAAUCUCAAUAAAUGCUGAUCU